AUGGAGCCAGGUGCCUGGGAGAACAGGACAGCUGUCACCGAGUUCAUACUUCUUGGCCUGACAGGGAACAUAGGACUGCAACCCAUCCUUUUUGCCAUCUUUCUCUUUGCCUAUAUAGUCACAGUUGGGGGCAACUUCAGCAUCCUGGUUGCUGUCUUUGUGGAGCCUAAAGUGCACACCCCCAUGUACUACUUCCUCGGGAACCUGUCUCUGCUGGACAUUGGGUGCAUCAGUGUCACUGUUCCCCCAAUGCUGGUAUGUCUCCUGGCCCACCAGUGCAGAAUUCCCUAUGCCGCUUGCAUUUCACAGCUUUUCGUUUUCCACCUCCUGGCUGGUGUGGACUGUCACCUCUUGACAGCCAUGGCAUAUGACCGCUACCUGGCCAUCUGCCAGCCCCUCACCUACAGCACCCACAUGAACCGUGAAGUCCAGGGUGGCCUGGUGGGCAUUUGCUGCACCAUCUCCUUCAUCAAUGCUCUGACCCACACGGUGGCUGUGUCUGUGCUGGACUUCUGUGGCCCUAAUGUGGUCAACCACUUUUACUGUGAUCUCCCAGCCCUCUUCCAGCUCUCCUGCUCCAGCAUCCACCUCAAUGGGCAGCUGCUUUUUGUGGGGGCCACCUUCAUGGGGGUGAUUCCCAUGAUCCUUAUCUCAGUGUCCUAUGCCCACGUGGCAGCUGCAGUCCUACAAAUCUGCUCAGCUGAGGGCAGAAAGAAGGCCUUUUCCACAUGUGGCUCCCACCUCACUGUGGUCUGUAUCUUUUAUGGAACGGCCUUCUUCAGUUACAUGCGUCUGGGCUCAGUCUCAGCCUCAGACAAGGACAAGGGGAUUGGGAUCCUCAAUACUGUCCUCACUCCUAUGCUUAACCCAGUCAUCUACAGCCUCCGGAACCCUGAUGUGCAGGGUGCCCUGAAGAGGGUGCUAACGGGGAAGAGGACACCAGCAUGA